AGAGGAGGAGGAGGGACUCCGCAGCGGCAACAACUGACGUGUCCCCGCCAUGGAGCUCGGCGUGAUUCAUCAGCGGCGGCGGGGCGAUCGCGGGGUGCCGCGCAGUGUCCCCGCGUAGGCACGGCUGCGGCGGGGGCAGCCCCGGCACCUUUCUGCCGCCCUCACCGCUCUCCUCCUUCUCUUCCUCCUCCUCUUCUUCCUCGCUGCCCGCUCCUCUGCCCCCGCGGCUACGCCAGCAUCCCGCGGGAAGCAAGAUGGAAGAAAUCCUGCGAAAGCUGCAGAAGGAGGCGUCGGGGAGCAAGCACAGGGCCAUCAAGGAGAGCUGCACCUGGGCUAUCGAAACCUUGGAUUCUCCUGAUGCUACUAUUAAGAUACCUCCAUAUCAGCUAAGGGAGAAGUGUCUCCUUCCUCUCCAACUGGCUCUGGAAUCAAAGAGCACGAAGCUGGCCCAACAGGCUCUAGCAGGGAUGCAGAAGCUGCUGUCUGAUGAGAGGUUUGUAUCCGUGGAAACAGACUCAGAUGAGAAACAGUUGCUUAAUCAGAUGCUGAAUGCCGUCAAAGUGACUCCUUCGCUCAAUGAAGACCUGCAGGUUGAAGUGAUGAAGGUCUUGCUCUGUAUAACUUACACAUCCACAUUUGAGCUGAAUGGGAGUUCAGUGUUGAAGAUUGCUGAGGUUUGCAUUGAGACAUAUGUAUCUAGCUGUCACCAGCGGAGCAUUAACACCGCUGUGCGGGCAACCCUCAGCCAAAUGUUGAGUGACUUGACUUUACAGUUACGACAAAAGCAAGAAAAUAUGACAAUUGAAAACCAUGACGCCUUGCAGAAAUUCAAGAAUCAAGGUACUUCAGCUGAGUCUCUUUGUGAUGAUGUUGUAUCUGUCCUCACUGUGCUCUGUGAGAAGCUCCAGGCUGUCAUAAAUGACAAUCGACAACUUCAGCUUCUUUACUUGGAGUGCAUCCUCUCCAUGUUAAACAGCUCCUCUCCCAGCAUGCACCAGCACAAAGGAUUCACUGAUCUCAUAUGGAAGCAACUGUGUCCAGCCCUAGUAGUAAUCCUGGGAAAUCCAAUCCAUGACAAAACUAUCACCUCUGCCCACAGCAGCAUCUGCCUUGAGGCUGAUUCACCUUCUUCAGGGAUCUCUGAUCAUGGCCGGGGUUCAGGUUGUUCCUCCACAGCACCUGCCCUUAGUGGGCCCGUUGCACGGACCAUAUAUUAUAUUGCAGCAGAACUGGUUCGACUGGUGGGGUCAGUGGAAUCCAUGAAGCCUGUGCUGCAGUCUCUCUAUCACCGGAUAUUGCUUUACCCACCACCUCAGCACCGAGUAGAAGCCAUCAAAAUUAUGAAAGAGAUACUUGGCAGUCCUCGGCGGCUUUGUGAUUUGGCAGGGCCCUGCUCUUCUGAGUCAGAAUCCAGGAAGAGGUCUAUUUCUAAAAGGAAGUCCCAUCUGGAUCUUCUCAAGCUUAUCAUGGAUGGGAUGACAGAAGCAUGCAUCAAAGGUGGUAUUGAAGCAUGUUAUGCUUCAGUGUCCUGCGUCUUUGCCCUGCUUGGAGCGUUAGAUGAGCUGAGCCAAGGGAGGGGUCUUAGUGAAGAGCAGAUCCAGCUGCUGCUCCGGCGCUUAGAAGAAUUGAAAGAUGGGACUGAGACGAGCAGGGACUCCAUGGAGAUCAAUGAUGCCGACUUUAGGUGGCAGAGGCGCAUCCUGUCCUCAGAAAAUCCUGCCUGGGAAUCAGGAAAUGAGAAGAGUCCUGAUAUUAGCAUUAGUGUUACCACAGACACUGGUCAGACCACUUUGGAAGGGGAUAUGGGACAGACAACUCCAGAGGAUAAUCCAGAAAGUCAAAAAAACUCACUGCCAUCUCCAGCUGGACAUGAAAGCAAAGAGAUUCAUUACAGAGAACCAGAGUCAGAAACCAUUGACCAGCCAGAUGUUGUUCAGAGAAGCCACACCAUAGUCUAUCCAGAUAUAACUAAUUUCUUAUCAGUUGAUUGCAAGACCCGGUCCUAUGGAUCCAGAUAUAGUGAAAGUAACUUCAGUGUAGAUGACCAGGACCUUUCUAGAACUGAGUUCGAUUCAUGCGAUCAGUAUUCUAUGGCAGCAGAGAAGGACUCGGGCAGGUCAGAUGUCUCGGACAUAGGCUCUGACAAUUGCUCCCUGGCUGAUGAGGAGCAGACACCACGGGAUUGUCCAGGUCACAGGUCCUUACGUACUGCUGCUCUCUCUUUGAAAUUGCUGAAAAACCAAGAAGCAGACCAGCACAGUGCACGGCUGUUUAUCCAGUCACUUGAAGUUCUUCUACCUCGGCUUAUAGCUCUUCCCAGCAUAGAGGAGGUGGAUGGAGCACUGCAGAGCUUUUCUUCAACCUUCUGCUCAGUUACUCACCUUAUCCACGCCCCCAAAGUGACGACAGUGGAAAGUCCGAGAAGGCAGCAGCACAGAGCUUUCAAACCCUCACGAGGUAUGAUGCACUCACCAGGAUUUGAGGGAAACCUAAAUUUCAGCUUCCAGACUCUGAUGAACGCAGACAGUCUCUACAUGGUCUCACAUUACACUCUGCUGCUCAACCUAAAAUUGGCCAACUCUGAUUACUACAGAAAGAAGCCUGCCCAAGCCCCUGUGUUGCUGAAGGAGUUCAUGAAGCAGGUCCAGUCCAGCGGAGUGUUGAUGGUAUUUUCCCAGGCCUGGGUUGAAGAACUGUACCACCAGGUACUAGAAAGGAACAUGCUGGGGGAAGCUGGAUACUGGGGAAGCCCUGAAGAGCACAGCCUUCCACUUAUCACCAUGCUGACUGACAUCGAUGGCUUGGGAAGCAGUGCAAUUGGUGGCCAAUUGAUGGCAUCAGCUUCAGCUCAAUCUCCACUUUCCCAAAACCGGAAGACAGACGAUUCUGUUGUUGCAGGAGUUGCUUUUGCCCGAUACCUUUUAAUCGGCUGUUGGAAGAACUUGAUUGACACUUUGUCCACACCACUGACUGGCCGCAUGGCAGGCAGCUCCAAGGGGCUGGCCUUCAUCUUGGGAGCAGAAGGAGCCAAGGAGCAGAACCAAAAGGAGAAAGACUCCAUCUGUGUGAGCCUGGAUGGACUGAGGAGGGCAGCCCGGCUGAGCUGUGCUCUAGGAGUUGCUGCUAACUGUGCGUCUGCUCUUGCACAAAUGGCUGCUGCCUCCUGUGUCCAGGAAGAGAAAGAAGAAAAAGAAAUCCAAGAGGCCAGUGAUACUAUAGCUCAAGUGAAACAGAAAGUGGAGCAGAAACUGGAGCAGAUGGGGAAAGUGCAGGGAGUCUGCCUGCACACUGCUCAUGUUUUGUGUAUGGAUGCAGUCCUUAACGUGGGCCUGGAGAUGGGAAGCCACAACCAGGACUGUUGGCCUCAUGUGUUCAGGGUGUGUGAGUACAUCGGCACACUGGAGCACACCCACUUCAGCGACGGUGCUUCCCAGCCCUCCCUUACCAUCACCCAGUCACAGCAGGCACAUGGAGGGCUGCACCCAGACUCUGAGCCUGGGGAGUCUCCCCAGGCACUGACCCCUGAGCAGGAGGCCACCCUCAGCAGCAAUCCUGUCAUUCAGCCAGUUUCUAUCCAGGAACUCAUCAAGGAGAGCAGUAAGGGCAGAGCUUUCGACUUCCGUGGAGGCAGCCUGCUGUGUGGGACCAAUGCUGCCAAGGCUGUUCUCACACUCUCGACGCAAGCUGACAGGCUCUUUGAAGAUGCCGCUGACAAGUUAAACUUGAUGGCGCUGGCAGGUUUCCUUUACCAGCUCAAGAAGGCUUCUCAGGCCCAGCUUUUCCAUUCGGUCACAGAUACAGUUGAUUACUCCCUAGCAAUGCCAGGUGAAGUAAAAUCUACCCAGGACAGGAGAAGUGCACUUCACUUGUUCCGACUUGGUGAUGCCAUGCUCAGAAUUGUAAGGAGUAAAUCUCGCCCAUUGCUCCACCUCAUGCGCUGCUGGAGCCUGGUGGCACCUCACCUUGUAGAGGCUGCCUGUCAUAAGGAGAGACACGUGUCCCGGAAGGCUGUCUCCUUCAUCCAUGACAUCCUCACUGAAGUGCUGAUGGACUGGAAUGAGCCUUCUCAUUUUCAUUUUAAUGAGGCGCUUUUCCGCCCCUUUGAGCGUAUCAUGCAACUAGAGCUGUGUGAUGAGGAUGUCCAAGACCAGGUGGUCACCUCUAUAGGAGAGUUGGUGGAAAUGUGUUCUACCCAGAUCCAGUCAGGAUGGAGACCCCUGUUCAGUGCCCUGGAAACAGUUCACAGCAGCAGCAAGUCAGAGGUUAAAGAGUACCUUGUAGGAGAAUACUCUAUGGGGAAACGCCAAGCUCCGGUGUUUGAUGUCUUUGAAGCAUUUCUAAACACAGACAGCAUCCAGGUCUUUGCCAAUGCUGCCACCAGUUAUAUUAUGUGCCUUAUGAAGUUUGUCAAAGGACUGGGGGAAGUAGAUUGUAAGGAGAUGGGUGACUGUGUGCCAGGAUCAGGAUCUGCAUCUACAGACUUGUGCCUUCCCGCGCUUGAUUACCUCAGGAGAUGUUCUCAGUUGUUAGCCAAAAUCUAUAAAAUGCCCUUGAAACCCAUCUUCCUCAGUGGCCGGCUGGUUAACUUGCCCCGAAGAGUGCAGGAACAGUCAGCCAGCAGCGAGGAUGGUAUUGAGUGCAUCCUUUCCGACUUUGAUGAUGACACUGGUCUUAUCAAUGUGUGGAUUAUUCUGCUGGAAGAAUUAACAACUGCCAUAUCCAACUGUCCCCGCCAGCACCAGCCUCCGACUUUGGAUCUGCUCUUUGAAUUGCUGAGGGACGUUGCCAAGACACCUGGCCCAGGAUUUGGCAUUUAUGCAGUUGUACAUCUUCUUCUUCCCACGAUGUCUCUUUGGCUCCAUCGCAGCCACGGUGACCAUUCUUACUGGGAUGUGGCAUCUGCUAAUUUCAAGCAUGCCAUCGGCCUUUCCUGUGAACUCGUAGUGGAGCACAUUCAAAAUUUCAUACACUCAGAUAUUGGUUAUGAAAAUAUGAUCAAUACUAUGCUGAAAGAUCUUUUCAAGUUGCUGGUAGCCUGUGUAGCAGAGCCAACAGAAAUUAUUUCCAGAGUUGGCUGCUCUUGUAUCAGGUACGUGUUAGUGACAGCAGGGCCUGUUUUCACUGAAGAGAUGUGGAGGCUUGCGUGUUGUGCCUUGCAGGAUGCGUUCUCUGCCACUCUGGAGCCAGUAAAGAACCUGUUGGGCUAUUUCCACAGUGGUUCUGAAAGCUUUAGUGGAGACGCCUGUGAAGUGAAGGUGGCAGCCCCCUCCCUCUCGCCAAGUGCUGAAGCUGAAUACUGGAGAAUCAGAGCCAUGGCACAACAGGUCUUCAUGCUGGAGACUCAGUGCUCCCCAAAGACCCCUAGCAACAAGGAAGGAUUUGAACAUGCCCAGUCGUGUGUGCUCAUCAUUGACCUGCCACCAGAUAAGAAACCAAAUGGGCAUACCCAGAGAAGUAUUCCUUUUAGGACAAUAGUGGUGAGCUUGCUGUCCCACCAAGUACUGCUCCAGAAUUUAUACGACAUCUUACUGGAAGAAUUUGUGAAAGGCCCUUCUAACUUGGAGGAGAAAAUGACAAUACAAGUACCAGAAAACAAGUUGGCUGGUUUUCUCAGGUACAUCUCCAUGCAAAACUUGGCUGUCAUCUUUGACUUACUGCUGGACUCCUACAGAACAGCCAGAGAGUUUGACACCAGACCGGGGUUGAAGUGUUUGCUGAAAAAAGUGUCUGGCAUUGGUGGAGCUGCCAACUUGUAUCGCCAGUCAGCAAUGAGCUUCAACAUCUACUUCCAUGCUUUGAUUUGUGCAAUCCUGACAAACCAGGAGAACAUCACUGCAGAGCAAGUGAAGAAGAUCCUCUUUGAAGAUGAUGAGAGAAGCACAGACUCAUCACAGCAGUGUUCUUCAGAAGAUGAAGACAUUUUUGAAGAAACUGCCCAGGUCAGUCCCCCACGAGGGAAGGAGAAGAGACAGUGGAGGGCUCGAAUACCAUCUCUGAGUGUACAGCCUGUCAGCAAUGCAGACUGGGGAUGGCUCAUCAAGCGGCUUCAUAAGCUCUGUAUGGAACUGUGCAACAACUAUAUCCAGAUGCAUCUGGACCUGGAGAAUAACGUAGAGGAGCCUCCAGUGUUCAGAGGCGACCCUUUCUUCAUUUUACCAUCCUUUUACUCGGAAACCUCUACCCCAUCGACUGGAGGGCAAUCGGGAAAGGACACACCAUCAGAAGAUGACCGGAGUCAAAUCAGGGACCAACUGGGAGACAGCCUGACACCCCGAGGAGAGAGUGGAGAAAUGCUGCUGCUACCCCCACCCCUAAGUCCUAAAUCAGAGAAAAAAGAGCAAACCAGGAAAAAAGAAUGGUGGGAGAGUGCUGGCAACAAGAUCUACACCAUAGCCACUGACAAAACUAUCUCCAAGCUCAUGACAGAAUACAAGAAAAGAAAACAGCAACAGUCCAUGACAUCCUUCACCAAAGAGGUCAAAGUGGAAAAGAAAGGGGAGCUCCUGGGUUCAAGAGGGCCAGACUCACCCAUACUCCAAAGGCCACAACAUCUUAUAGAUCAAGGUCAAAUGAGGCAUUCGUUCAGUGCUGGUCCAGAGAUCUUGAGACAAGAGAAGAGACCACGCUCCGGAUCCACAGUCAGCUCCCUGAAUAUAUCUGUUAGGGAUGCUGAGGCCCAGAUACAGGCAUGGACCAACAUGGUGCUGACAGUUCUCAACCAGAUUCAGGCCCUGCCAGACCAAACAUUCACAGCCCUGCAGCCAGCAGUGUUCCCCUGUAUCAGCCAGCUGACUUGCCACGUGACAGACAUCCGCGUCCGCCAGGCAGUACGGGAGUGGCUGGGAAGAGUGGGCCGAGUUUACGAUAUCAUCAUUUAAAACCUAGCUGUGCUCUGUUGCGAAGGGGAGAAGACAUCCAAGGUAUACAGCAAAGAAGUAUUUGAGGUUCAUUAAUUGCCUAUUUGUUGGUGAUAAAUUAAGAAACAAUGAGCUUGUUGAUGUAUAUCCUGUGUCCACUUCAGACUGUGUGUCCCUCCCUCACACUAGCAAAGGAGGCAAAGCAUGAGGGUGUCCAGGGGGGUCUGGCGCCAGAGUCCAGAAACUGCCAGUAAAUCAGGGUGGUACCUGAAGGGGUGAUACAUUUCAGUAGCCUUCAUUUUAAUUCCAAUUUGCAACAGUGGGAGCCACAGUAAAUUCCAGCAGAACUUCCACGCUUGCAAUUAGCUGUGAAUACAGCUGUCACCUGGAUGUCAAACCAGGCCAGUAAGCCUAUGUAACUUCAAAAAAAUAAAUAAAUAAAAGUCAAGAAGAAGGUGGGGCUAUAGGACAAGUGAAAAGGGGACAGUUGUUUAGGGUAAAUUUUUUCCCUUCUGAAAUUAGCAUGAGAGAGGAAAGCCAAAUAAAGAUUAUUGUAGUAACUACAUGCCUCACUCACUAGAGAAAGUGGAAAUUUAUUUUGCUCUGAGAAGAGCCUUUGAAGUCUGGUCACGUUUGGGGUAGCUAAUAAGUGACUAUUAAAGUAUCCCAGGUCUAAAACUGGUGAAGCAAGCACAGACUAUUCAUCCUUUCAUUGCUCUUGUGGAGUAUUGCUUGAAGAGACAUGGCACUCUCAUGCUGCCCUCUCUACACCACUACCCUGGCUGCCUCUUCACCUAUGCCUACAGCUGAGCAUUUUUCCAGGUGUCUAAUUCCCCCUACGGGCAACAGGGAAGUUUGUUUUGCUGUUUCCUGUGAAGCUGAGCAGAAGACGCACCACAGAGCAAAUACCAGCAUGUGCCAGUAUCCAACAUUCAAGUAACAGAGUAGAGAUAAAGUGUUCCAGUUUAAGCAACACCACAGCUAAGUUAGCUUAUGCUUCUACUGGAAAUUUAUACGUUUGCUUAUAUAGAGCUGCUGUAGCCAGGAACACCCUUAUCGCCAUUGUUAAACUUAGCUUAUCACUCCACAUUGAGCUGAAUCAAGAUGGAAAAUAGUCUGAAAGGAUGGUACGUUUCCUGGUUCUCUCCCAUUUCUUGUCUGCUGCUGUAAACAGAAGGGGACAAAUCCUCAUGGAGGUACAUCCCCCUCUGUGCAGCACUCCUACAGCACUACUACAAUUUGCUGAUAUUAUUAAGGCGGGGAGAAGGGGAAGGAUCGACUAUUGUAUUGUCAAACACAUAUGCGAUGCUGUUCACACGAGACACAGCAAAGGGUUACCUUGCUGCACAAGUUAUGUCACAACCCCUGGGACAUUCCAUCUCCUGCUCCCAUACUGCAUAAUUUGAUGAUUAGAAGUUGAAAUAAUUUGUUGAAACUAAGUUGAUUUUAAUCUUGGGUGACCCCUUAAUGAUGUUCUCCCAAGGCUUUUAAAAUGUGCACACCAACUAAAUAUACAGCUUCAGUCCCUGCUCCAAAGCAGCCUCAAAAUGGCAUCUCUUUCUAUCAAUCAGGCUUGGAUUUUGCACAACUAACUGCUUUUAGCAUCUUAAAUAUAGAAAACCAGAGGAAGCCAGGAGGCUGCACUGAACAGCCAUCACCCAAGCUGAUAUAUUCACAGAGUCUGCCACUAUCAUCCUGCUUUUUCCCUCCAUUGCCAACUUCCCAUUUGUCAUCUGCUGGACUCGUGCAGGGCACAUUUGUCCCUUAACUUUCCGUAGUGUCAGUCAUGCUGUUUACCUUUCUUUCAAAGCGUCCCUUUGCUAAGUUAUUUCACGUAAAAAUUCCUUAAAAACAACUUUCUUACCACCUCCAUUGAUUUUAAAAAUGAGUAAUUUAGCACUUUUAUCAAUUGUCAAUUUUCCCCCAACAAUUCUAAUACUUCCUUGGGGACAGCUGAGAUUAGCCCUUGGUAUAUGGGAGAGUAGUGGCAUGGUUUGAUUUCUGUUGCCAAGUCUUUCUUACACAUCUUUAGGUAGAGUAAAAGGGUGGUUAUAUUUUUCUUAAAGUUUUUAUUGGGCAUCUAUGCAGAACUGCUUUUAAAGCAGUACAUUAAUUAGCCAACGACAGAAAUCAGAAUAAUAAACUGUAUGCAAAACUCUGUUAGUUUUUAUUAUACACAUGCAUUGAAUGGGUGCAGAUCCUUGUUGUACUAAUUUAGUUUUAACUAAAGCAAAUCCCUAAGUUAUGUUGGAGAAGUAAAAUUGAUAGCAAUACCAAUGGAAUCACUCAGGACUCCAGAAGAGGGCCUAGUAUCUAAGCAACGCUGUGGUUACGUGUUGUGGUUGCAAUACAAAUAUCCUUCUGUAAAACAGAAAGAAAAGCUCUAGAAGUGACAAUGUUCCUCCACCACCCUCCUCAAGCCCAUGAACACAGCAUAGCCUAGUGUUAUUUGAUUAGCCACCAUCUUGACCCAAAAAUAUCAUUUCAUUUCAACUUUUUACACUACAAAUACCAUACUGGAAACAAGCAGGAGUAAAUUUGCUAUAUUGCUGUUGCCCUAUUUUAAACUUUGCCAUCCAAAUUAUGCACUAAGUGCCCACUGUCACCUUCAGUGCCUCUACUCAUUAACAACCUUCCAUAAAAGGUUAUGAGUAACUUUAAGUGAUUCCAGAAAUGUAAUUUAAAAGGACGUAAAGUCUGCUGCUUCAAAGUUUAGCAUGUGCUGCUCUUCCUUUUCCUUACAUAUAAAAUGGUAAGGAAGUGAGGAGAGCAUCCCACAGCCACUUCAGGAACCAUUAAGCUGAGCUGCAGAAGCUUUUUGAUGCAACUCCAAAAUAUAAAUAAAUAAAAAAUUGACUUGGUUCAUCACAUACUCAGCUAUUUUUUGUGCUAGUUUAGCCAUAGACAUCAGGAAGCCCCAAGGAAGUACAACUCUAAACAUGUAAAGUCACCAUUUCAUAGACGCCUGCAGUCUGUUUCAUGCAUACUUUGGGCUUAUGGCUGCUAGUAUGCUACCUUCAGGCCUCAUAAAGCAAGCUUUUAGCUCAAAGGAGGAGUCUGCCAGAACAGUCCCCGGAAAAGGAUACUGGCACCAGCCUGUCCUAAGCCUCAGAAGACUUCUGAACUCUGAACACCCCCAAUCAUGCCCAGCUGUACCACACCACAGCAGCUUUUCCACUUUCCACUUGUGAGCAAGGAAACAACUCAGUCAGUAGCACAAAGUAGCCCUCGUAGCCACACGUGCAAGUCUUUCUCACAUUACCCAUUCAAAUCCUUACUUACAGCCCCAUAACAUAAUGCAUGAGAUCACAGUGGCAUAUUACCAGCUUUGCUGUUGAAUCAGAACAUUUGAGCCUUGAAAAACCAGAGUCUCUGUAUCAUAGCCUGCGUUUGCUCUGGUUAAUGAACACAUUAUUCUCUUUUCUUGCACUUACUUUUCUGUCACAUAGAUUUCUACAGGAGUUGGGUUUGAUUUUUAUUGAACUGGCCAGUUAUUUUUAAAAAUGACUGGCUGGUAAUUUUUAUGUAACUGAACUGCUUAAAAAAAAAAAAAAAAGUGGGGGUUUGGUGGUUUGGCAUCCUUCUCAGGUACCAGAGCUGCACCCCUCCGCCUUUGCCUAGUUCCCACUACCCUCCUCAGGGGCACCACAGCAAUCAGAGGCACGUUUUCACAUCACAUCUCAUCAUCUUUUACCUUUAGGCACACGGAAUAGCUCAUCACUCUGCAAAACAGCAUCCUCACCUGGAAAGUGCUACUUUUCCUGUGUAACAGGAGCAGGGUUUGACUCCAAUUGAUACGGUCACAGGCCAGCGCAUAUAUUUGUACUUUAUUCUGUAGUGUGAAUAUAUGCAGAUAUAUGGAACAAUUGAUACGUUUAUGUACGGAUUCCUGUAGCUCCAGUCACUGUCAUACUCUGAGCAUUCUACAUAUUUACAGAGCGACAUCCCCAUUGGUAGUAUGUUUAUCAUGCUCUCUGAUUAUUCCUGUCACAUCAGCAAUGGUUAAUGCAGUUUUUCUGGUAACUUCCUCCACAGUAGUCUCAGUCUGAGUGUUCAGCAGCCAUAGCACUACCACCACUAUCUCUUGGUUACCAUGCUUUCAUACACAUUUAAUACUCUGUUAGGGAUCAACACUCACGUGAGAAUAACUGACUUAAUUUAGCAUCUAGAAAGAAUUAUUAGGGAAAGAUUUACAGAGACCUGUGCAAAACUUUCCUUGGAAAACUCCAAGCACAGGCAACACAGCUGCUGCCUCAUCACAGAUAAAAAAACUCAUGUCCUCUGUACUAUAGCUGGCUCAUGUUGAGGCCAAGCAGAGUUUACAUUCAUGAUUUGUAAGGUACUUUGCCGUUCGAUUUGAGCUUCACGUUUUUUUCAAAACCAAACCUUCCUGUAAAAUUCACUGACAAAUCUUCACCUGCCAAAGACAGAACCCCCCACCUCUAAAUACCGUGUAUUCCCAUAUGCAAUCUCCAUCUGCACUUGAUACAGUAGUACUAUAGUAGUACUUGAUAUAGUACUACUGCUAUAGUAAUAUUGAUAUAGUUGUUAUCUCCAGUGCAGAGCUUGGUGCAGCACCGGUAUGAAACCGGGUGGCAAAGGAGUCAGCAAGUAGAGCAGUCCAGCUGUGUGUGCUGCCUGCACUUUGUACCUCUCUUCACAGCUUGGGCCCACACUCAAAGUGCCUAAGCUGUUGAAAUCAAUGCGACUUACAUACCUGCAUAUCUUUAAUACUCAGGGCUCAGUCCUUGAAUCCUUCAAUCCCUUCAUACAGGUUCAUAAAUUCUCAGGAAAGGGGAAGUUCUGUACAGUUCCUGAUGUCGCCUUCUCUGCUGCUGUCCUCUACACACCUCCUGCUUGAAAAAUCCACAAGAACCAGCACAUACUUCCAUGCAUCCCAGUGCCCCAAAACUAGAACCUUCACUUUUGCACAGAUCCAGUUUUAACACGUAGACCGUAGCAAGCCAAAAUAAUUUAUUUGCACCUAGCUCAUCCGUGCAAAAGCUUAUUCAGAAAUUGAGCAUGUCAUUUGGCUAUUUUCACCUUUAGCGAUCCAUUCUAGAAAUGCCACUACUCAGUGUUAAACUGGUUUUAAUUCAGAAAAAAAAAAGUUAGGUCCUUUCUUCCCUUGCCCUUGCUUUUGUGGGGUUGUGCUAAGAUUAUGCUCAGGCAAGCUACUUACUCAUUACUCUGGUUAUAGUCAUUUCUGUGAAGAUCUAUGUACAGUGCUAAUCAUGGCACGACACAAAAUAUGGUUAUUUUUUUCAAUUUCUGAUCAUUCCACAAUUGUUUGAAGAAAUAACACAAUGCCAUAAAUUAAAAAAAAAAAAAAAGUUUCUCUUUAAUUCUUUUUUUAGUAUAAAAGGACCAAGUUAUCGUAACACGGAAGCACAAAUGUUAGAUUUUAUGCAAGGUAGAUAACAGUAUCCAUCAGCUAGAGAUCCCUCUUCACUGAGCCUCCCUAUUUUGAGCAGAGCUUCUAUAGGGAUAUGACCGAAGGGUCUCGUAGCAGCCCUCACCAGCAACUCACCUGGGACUCCAGGAAGUUGUACAGCUGCAAGGAAGAAGUCGUAGCUCCUCUUUCUCCUGUUUCCGCUAAUUCCCCUCAGAAUGUAUACUUUAUAUGUGACACUAACUGUAUCAUAUCAUGCCAAAAACCCCAGCUUCGGCCAAGGGUGGAGUGCUGGCUAUUAAAAAAGAAAAAAAUAAAAAAGCAUAUGGUGUAAGUAUGCAUCAGUCUUUCACUUAGUGCUCAGAGGUCUCCAAAGAACUCCUAAGAACUAAAUGCCAGAGGGAAGAAGAAAUGCCCUAGUUCUGUGGAUGUCAGUGGAGCUACACUGUGUAAUCCUGGAUUAAUGCAAUAAUGAGCUCACCUGUGGGAGCAGAUUCCUCAAAUUCUCUUUAUUUUUGGAAAAUUCGCCAGUUGAGGUUUGCGUAGUCUCCACUGCCACGCUGAAUCAGGGAACAAAAUUUACGGAGGGCAUGUUCUGUUAAGAAACAUGGCAACAGGAUCUAAUUCAAUCCCACAACAUCCCACUUUUCAAAAUGUAGUUGGGUACUUACAUAAAUUUCAUCUAAAUAUCAUGGAGCAGCAGAGCCCUAUUUCCUGCUCACGCAUUUGGUUCAUCAGGGCUGCGGUGAGGUGCCGCCAUGCUUCCACAAGAAGGAAGCUGAAACGAGAGCGCUGAGCUAGCAGAGAGGCACAGGGACACGGGUUCAAGCAAGGGACAAAUAUCCCCUCCCCAAGCAGGCUGUGGCUCCUGAGCCCCCAGCUCUGCAGAGGGAAGCAGGAUUCGAUACCAAAGGGAGAACAGCCAGGAAGGGCAGAGCCCUGUACUGCAGGCUGUUUGCUGGAGCAGGUGGGAGCAAGAGAUCGAGAAGUAUGCAAUGACAGCAGUGAGCACCUUCUUUCAGUUCCCCCCACUUUCUCUUCUCUCACCGCCCCCCCCAACCCGCCCCCUCCUCUUUUUGUCAUUUGUGAGACUGCAGACAUACUUCCAUGGGCCCUUUGACCAGAACUGAAAACUGGAAGCAAGCCAAAGGGAGUGGACACUCUGUUUUGCCAAAGAUCUAAUCCUUUCCUGCCAAAAAAUUAAAAAAAAAAAAAUAAAAUCAAAUUUUAUUUCCAUGAUGAUGGCUGCCAUAGGAAGCAUUUUACCACAAAACACCAUUCCCAGGACUUCAUCUCUCUAGCUGUAUAUUCAGAAGGAGCCACUAAUGGUUUUUAAGAGAGGAUUGUAAAUCGCUUUGUCAAGCGAGUGCUUACGUUGAGUUCACCUUCUGUCGAGUUCACACCUAGCUGCAAUUCCCCGGUCUCAGCCAUGUUUCCUUCCUCUACCUUCCUGCUCUUCUUCAGAAAAACACCUCCCCGUGUCUGCCGCGUCCCGUUGUGCUGCUAGCUUUGUUUGGUCCUUGGGUGUCCAGUGGUCAGGCAGUCACUGUCGACUGGCUUGCAAAUUGUAUUUUGUGUAUAUUUUAUUCUGACUGAAUUCUGAAAUGGAAAUAUUUUAAAACAAAAGUUAUAAACUAUUUAUGUUGCUUGUGUUGUAGAAUAAAGAAGCAAAUGCAAAAUAAAUUAUGCUCUGAUUUUGUCUGAA